AUGGCAAUCACUUUGGGCCUCUAUGUUGGGGCUUUUUUUUUUGUCGGCCCAAUCUACAAGCUCCGCCUCGGCACCAAGCUCGUUGUCGUCAUCACCUCCCCCUCCCUCGCCCGCCAGGUCCUCAAGGACCAUGACGUCAUCUUCGCCAACCACGACGUCCCCGUCGCCGCCCUGGCCACCACGUACGGCGGUUCCGACAUCGCCUGGACCCCGUACGGCCCCGAGUGGCGAAUUCUGCGGAAGCAAGCAGGUCCGGCGAAAGGUCGGGUUCUUCUACGGCCGGGUCGAGUUGUCGGUGAACGUGGGGGAGCGGAUGUUUCUGAACACACUGAACGUGGUUACCAAGAUGCUGUGGGGCGGAACUGUGAGGGAGGAGGCGCCGGGCUGGGGAGGGAGUUCCGGGAAGUGAUAUCGGAGAUAACGGAGCUGCUGGCGAAGCCGAACGUCUCGGACUUUUAUUCGGGUUUGGCCCGGUUUGACUUGCAAGGCCUGGUGAAGCAAAUGGAGGGAAUUGUGAAGAGGUUUGACGCGAUAUUUGGAAAGGUGAUAGAUACACAGCUGAGGGUGGAGAAGGAAGGUGAUAAGGACGAGGGGAGUAAAGAUUUUCUUGAUGUGGGAAGAAGAGGAUCCUCCAUGGUUGGAGUGUGA